ACUAUUGAUACAUUGGACUUUUUAAAAGACAUUGUUCCACCUAAAAUCAAGGGUAGCAAGUACUUAGAAAUUUUAAAACAAAUCGAAGAGCGUGAGAAAAAGAUUGCAUUAGAAGAUCAAGAACUGUAAGAUUGAAAAAGGGGAAAAAAUGGAAGUGGCAUCAUCAAGAUCAUCCAACCUCAUUUUUGAUCCUUUGCAUCAAGAUUCUUUUACUGCAUCUCUUAAAAUUCUUAUCAAGAUCAUUGGAACUUGCAUUGGGCCUCAAGCUAAACUCAAGCUUCUCCGCCAUGAAGAAGGAGGCUCUGUCAUUCUUACUUCAUCAUCCCAAAGACUGUUUCAGUUCAUAUCUGUAAAAAACAUUUUCUCCAAAAUCAUCAUCUCUGCUGCUAAAUCUCAAUUAAAAAGUUUCAAUGAUGGUGGCUUGUUUUGUGUGAUUUUAAUUUUAAAAACAAUUCAUCAUGCUCUGUCUUCAGAAUCCCCGUUGCCUAUUAUUGGGACUAUAUAUGAAUAUUAUGCAACUCUAUAUAUAGAAUGUUUAAACUAUACAGACAACUUAUGUGUUAGGAAUGUUGAUUUUUCAAAUUUCCUACACUUGCGAUCCAUUGUACAUUCAAUACUGAGUUCGAAACCAGGAUGUGUGCUAACGUUGGAGAAUAAAAAUCAUCUUACCAAUUUAAUCUUGGAAGCCUAUUUGACAAUUGUCCCUCCACCAAGUACACUUUUGGAUGAUUACAAUAUUAGAAUACUAAAUUUAGAAAGUUUUAACAUCAAUCAUUCUAAAUUGUUUAAAGGUGUUCUUAUUCCAUUGUCAAAAGUAGAUGGAAAUUGUUUCCAAAACAAAAGAAAUGAAAAUGGACCUUUUCGAAUCGUCCUGUUUACAACCUCUCUUGCUGGAGAUGCAGAUCUUCCUGUAAAACAUCUUGAGAUUUCUACUUCUUUUUCUGUGGCAGAUUUCAUUUUGAAAUAUUUGGAAGGAAUCAUUCAAAAAGUUAUUUUAGGAAAAUAUGACUUUCUGUUUUGUCAAAAAGUAAUACAUCCAAAACUUAAAAAACAAUUACGAAAUGCUGGUAUCUUAUUUUUAGAUAGAUUAGGAGUUGAAACUACUAAAUACAUCCAAAUCAUUUCAGGAGGUUCUGCCAAUACAUCCUUAGCUUCAGAAAUUUCUUAUGGCACUGUAUCUAGUUUUAAAAUUGAGGAAAUUGAAAGGAAGACUUUCCUGCUAUUGAAUAAUGAAGAAAUUCCUGUUGUAUCUUUAGUCCUGGGCCAUUAUAAUGCAGAAGCUUCUAAAGAGUUGCAAGUUGUUUGUCGUCAAGCCAUCAGUGCAUUGUUUCGUAUACUGAAGAGUAAUAGAGUUUGUCUUGGAGGAGGAUGUACAGAGGUCUAUACUGCACAUUUAUGGUCCACAAAAGUGAAGAGCCGUUGGACCACCAUCCAGAAUGAAAUGGGAUGCACACAGGGCCAAUUGCAGGAGAGCUAUUCACUAUUCUUAAAAAGUGUGACUGAUGUUUGUGUGGCCAAUCAUCAAGGGUCACAACUGGAUUUUGUGACUGAACAUGUGCAUGGCCAUCUUUGGAAAAUGAGAGAUGAUCAGUUUCCUAGUGGAGAUGACCAGUGUGCUUGUGGCUUCAACAUUGCAUCGGACAUAGAUUCUUGGUCUUUUCUUUCUGAUAUUGGCAAGUCUUCUUUAAAUAGCGAGGCAAAAACUGCAGAGAACUGUAAAUCUCAUGAUUUAUUAGUGUUGGAUGAGUUAAGUUGUAAGGCAAGUGCUCUCACGCUGGCAUUUGAAACAGCCUCCUUACUUCUUAGAAGUUCUGUUUGUGUCAAUAAUUUGCAUUAAAAAGGAAGAUUUUUCUCCUAUCUUUAUACGCUGUAUAGAAGAAUAUUAUUUUUAUUAUCAUAAACUUCAGUAUAGUAUUAUGGUCGUAAAAAAUACAAUUACUUCUUGCACAUUUAAUUAUUUAUUUCACUUCUAAUAUACAGUUGCUUUUAUUUUUAUUCCUGUGUUUGUGUUAUGUUAAGAUUACAAUGUAACUGUCACUCUUGCAAUCAAUUCAUAUUAAUUUGCAAAAAACUACUGAUUUGUCAUAAUCCUUCCACUCGCUUUUUUUACUAUAAUUUUUCAUCUGCAAUGCUUUAAAUGUAAUAAUAUAUUAUUAUAAAGAAUG